AUUGCGCCUCCUGCUCCGGCGGCUCUCUCCUCCCCUUCCCACCACCACUUCAAGAAGAAAAUGAUUACGUUAUUCUGACUGAAUUCCAGUUUUCCAAAAGUCGCACUCACAUAGAGGUGAAGAGAGAGAGAGAGAGAGAGAGAGGGAGUUCCGCUCUUCUCCUCAUCCAAAUUGCGAAGAAGCCAAUUCGAGGCGGUUCUCUCCCUUCGAUCGCUCGCUCAGGGCAUGUUUAUUUUCCGCGUGUUUGUUGAAUCUACUGGAUCGGUUGAUUGCUUGCUUGCUGCUAUGCAGUUUCAUGUGUGAUGUGUUUUCUCAUUCCAGAUUGAGGGGAUACAAUGAGUAAAGUACCAAUAGCUUCAGGUGGAUAACUGAGAUAGUCAAAUAGAAAUGGGAGGCUGUUGCUGUUGUUCUUCUAAAGGAGUGGGGCUGAACAGAUCACCAACAUACUAUCAUUAUCCAAGAGUGUCAGCGGAGCGUGAGCCUUUGUCAUCACAUCAUGGCAUGGUGUCUGCUCUCUCUACGGGGCUCUUAGUUGAUGUAAAUCUGGAAACUUCAAUUCCUGACACUUAUAGGCCACCUCCAGCGCCUCUGCCAUAUGAUGCAAAUCUAAGACAUCCUCUAACUCCAAUUACUGAAUCUGCUGAAGAAACAAAUGCUGGGAACACCCUGGCAUCAUCACAUCAUGACCUGAAGGAAUCGGACUGCAAAAUACAGAAGGGUUCUGAUCUUGCCUCCUUGGACGAUGUGGAAGUUGACUUUGAGAAGUCUGUUGAAAAGAAGUCCAAUGAACCUCUUGCUUCAGCAUUGGAGGAAGAGGAUGUUUGUCCCACAUGUCUUGAAGAAUACGAUGCUGAGAAUCCAAAAAUUAUCACAAAAUGCGAGCAUCAUUUUCAUCUUGCGUGCAUUCUUGAAUGGAAGGAAAGGAGCAACACAUGUCCUGUGUGUGAUCAGGAAAUGAUAUUCAGUCCUACUGUUGAUGGCUAGCUUUCUACAACUCUUCGAUUGAUUAACUUCUUGCAAACUAAAUUCUGCAUAUAAGGUUGUGGGCGAACAAGGUUUUUCAGUUCCUAUCUCAGAUUUGGUAGUGGUAUGGUGCCAUUUUGUUUCUGAAGAAGCAUCUUUGUGGAUUCGUGGUCGUCUUGAACUUGGAAGAGAAGAUAUAGAAAGAGAAAGAGAAGUAACAAAGAAAAGGGAUAGAUUAAACAUAAUACAAUUCUCUCGUGCUCCAUUUCAAUCUUCAUUUUUCCUGUAAUUCAUCUUGUAAAUGUUUUUUAUCACCAGAUUGUAGGUGACGUGGUUGAGGAGUUGCAUAAAAAGCCAGGUGGACGCCGCCUCAAAAAUAGAGGCACAUAGGUUUGUUUGUCAUUUGCCAUUCUUUUUACUUUUUUUGUUUUGUUUGUAUAGCUCCAUUUGUCUUUGAUUCCUAGUUGUUUGUAAACAACUUACUCGAAAAGGAGGUCUUUGAUUCCUA